GUGAUCACCAUUUUCUCUGCGUCUAACUACUAUGAGGAGGGUAGUAACCGUGGAGCCUACAUUAAACUGGGCAGAGAGCUGGUCCCUCGCUUCUUCCAGUACCAGGUCAGCAGGAAUACCAGGAAACUCACCCUGACUCAGAGGGUGAAUGUGGCAGAGGGUUCGGCUGUAAGGGCUGUACAGGAGAAGCUGUUUUCCCACCGCUCAGAACUCAUGGCUGCCUUUCAGCAGUAUGACACAAGUAACAGUGGCUGUAUCUCUGUCAGUGAGUGGGCCCUGGUGGUGGAGUCAGUUGUGAGACUGGACCUGCCCUGGAGGACUCUGCGCCCGCGCCUGGCACGGCUGGCACCAGAUGGCAGCAUCGACUACCAGUCCUGCUUCGAGGACAUGGGCCCGGGACAACCCAUACCCCAGGUCACUCCAAACUUGGCUGAAACUCUUUACAGGUAUCGAACAGACCUUGAGAUUAUCUUCAACAUCAUGGACAAAGACCACUCUGGUCAGAUAUCCAUCGAGGAGUUCCGUCAGACCUGGCAUCUGUUUAGUGCUCACCUAGGUGUGGAGGUGGAUGACCGGGCCAUAGAUGAACUGGCUAAGAGUAUAGACUUCAACAAGGAUGGUAGCAUCGACUUCAACGAGUUCCUAGAGGCCUUCAGGGUGGUGCACAAACUGGAUGUUAAGGAGCAUCAGCAGGGCUGAGAGAAACCUUGUUGUUGUGCUGAAGACUCACAUUAGCUACCCGGGCAAUGACUUGGCUUUAGCUCAGUGAGCCAACACUGGCAGCAGGGCUGAGAGAACUACAAAGACAGGCAGCUAGGCUGAGAGAACUACAAAGAC